AUGGCGGCCUCCAUAGAUGGUAUGGCCAUUUUCAAAGCCUGCUCAGCUCUGUUGCUAGUCUUGCUGCAGCCGUCGUGUAUCACGGCCAUCAAGUCUAAGCCCAUUACAGUGUCACUACAGGCUAAAUGGCCAGCCACACCGCUGGUGUCGGAGGCUAGUGAGUUUCUGGCAGAGAAAGGGGAGAACAGCUUCUGGUCGUUUGUUGACUCACUGUCCGAGCUUAAGGCAGCCGAUGUUGGGGAGACAGACGAGAGUAACUAUGCCUUUGUGUUGAAGUUUGCCGGUCGUCUCCUGAGUGACACCGAGACGGACCUACUCAAGCUGACGUUGUCCAUUCACUCGCAUUCACCAAGGAUAGAAAUGUUCAAUCAGAUUGCUCAAGACCUGCCGCCACCACAAGGAUGUGAUACAUUUGUUGAUGUCCAUGGUGAUAUAACCUGUUCAUUGAAGGAAUUGGAUAAACUUAUUAGUUCGGCAAACGAUAGACCCAAGCCAAAUGUUUACAAAGUGGAUCACAGCUAUCCUGGAUCUGAAAACAACCCAGUCGUGGUGAUUCUGUACGGACAUAUCGGCAACCUGGAUUCGCAGAUGAAACACUUUCACAAACAACUUAAGAAAUCGGCCAAUGCUGGAACUGUGCAAUAUGUCCUGAGACAUUAUGUAAAGGACAAGUCUAAAAGGCAAGUUCGCCUGUCGGGCUACGGUGUAGAGCUAGCCAUAAAGAGCACCGAGUACAAAGCUGUAGAUGACACGGAGGUCAAAGAGGGAGGGAGCCAAUCACACGACGAGGAUGACAAUGCUCCAGAUGAAGUACAGGGGUUCGUCUUCUCAAAACUCAAGGAGUUACACCCAGACUUAAUGGAUAACCUUAACAGUUUCCGUACCUCACUCUUGGAGAGCACCAGGAAAAUGGUUCCACUAAAAGCAUGGCAGCUACAAACCAUUUCAUUCCAAGCGGCUCAACGAGUGUUGUCCACUCCGGUCGGUAACGCCCUCGGGGUUCUCAGGGACAUCAGUCAGAACUUCCCGAUACUCGCCAGCUCACUGGUCAAGACACAGGUCAAAGACGAGGUCAAGAGAGAGAUCACAGAAAACCAAAAGGUGUUUGAAGUGAAUUAUGGAACUGCACCAGGAGAUACGGUUAUGAUGCUGAAUGGUCUCAUCAUUGAUACUGAUGUCGCAGAACCCUUCUUGCUGCUUGAACUCCUUCGUUCAGAGAGCCGCAUGCUGGGCGGACUUCAUUCCCUCGGAGCUAGCGGUGAAGCUGCUACCCAGCUGAUGAUGGUACAGGUCGCUUCUCAAGAUAGUACGUACGCAGUGGACAUCAGGGACAACGGCAUCUUGUAUAUGAAUGAUCUGGAGAAGGAUGAUCGCUAUUCUCACUGGCCGGGAAAUAUUCAGGAAUUCCUCCGACCGAUGUUCCCUGGAAUGCUUCGUCAAAUGCGCAAAAAUGUCUUUCAUUUGAUCUUCAUGUUCGACCCGACGCAGUCUAGUUCCCUACAGCUUCUCCAGCAGGUGGAAAUGUUCGUUCACAACGAUGUUCCGAUUAGGGUGGGGCUGGUGUUUGUCGUUAACAACGAUGACGAUGUGGAUGGGAGAGAAGACGUGGGCGUCGGCAUUAUGAGGGCGUUCAACUUUGCUACGAUAGACAGAGGAUCUGUUGGCGCAUUGGAUCUUCUCGUUAAGGUUCUAACCAAGGCUGAUGAGGAUGAGGUGACUAUGGAGAAUCUGAUGACUGUCUUCAAUAAGAUGUUCCCUGGGGAAGAUCUGGAGGACGUCUUCGGCCCAGGGGGCGACUACGAUGAUAGGCGACAGGAUGGAAAGACAUAUUUUGACAGGACUGGGCUUGGUUCCUUACCUCAGGUGAUGAUGAAUGGAGUGCCUUACUCAAGUAAACAGUUGCAGCCUGAAGAGUUUGAAGAAAGCGUUGUGACUUCAGUGCUUACUGCCACACCUGACAUACAGAGGGCGGUAUACAGGGGUAAGAUAACUGAUCGGACAGUAAUGGUAGAUUAUUUGAUGACGCAGGCGAAUGUGAUGCCACGCCUUAAUCCACGAAUCCUCUCUGCUGAUACAAAGCUCUUGGAUCUUACCGCAAAACCAGUCGAUACUUCAAGUCUGACUUUGACCACCUUUCAAAGUCUGAGUAGAAAUGAAAAAGUGGCGUCCAUCACCAACUCUAUGAAGUAUCUCACUAAGAGAGAUGAUGUUAGUCUGCGCCCUGUUAGCAUGUGGAUUGUAUGUGACUUGGAAACCGCAGAAGGCAGGACCCUGUUCAGCAAUGCCGUCAAAUACAUGAAAACCUCCAACGCUGUCCGCAUCGGGCUGAUCUCUAACGCAGACACAACUGGUAAAGGCUCCCAGUGGCUCGCUAGAGCCGUCCAAGCGGCCCUUCAGACCCAGUCUCGGAAUCACGCCAAGCUCUUCGUCCAGAAACUCAUCAAAGAGGAGAACUAUCUCAGUAUGGACCGUGGAGACACUAAAGUCCAGGAUUACGAAGUCAAUGGAAUGAACAUGGAAGACUUUUUGAAACAGUUUGAGGACAAGAAAGCCAACUUCCUGAAGAUCCAGAGAUCAUUUUGUGAGAAUGUUCUAAACUUGCUGCCUGGACAGAGGGCCAUCAUUGCUAAUGGAAGGGUCUUUGGGCCAUUAUCUGAAGAUGAGCAUUUUAAAGAAGACGACUUUGUCCUUGCUGAGAAGUUAAUUUUACAGACAUCGGCAGCGAACAUCAAAUCCAAGAUGGAGAAACUCUCGUCUCAUUUCAGCACCUCAGGGGAUUCCUUGAGUGAUCUGACCCUUAAGGUCGAUGCCCUUCUAGCCUCCAACUCUAGACAGGAAGGUCGUAAAGAGGUCGUCUUCUGGAAGGACAAACACAGUGUGGUAGAUAUUCCCCCUCGCCACCCAGACAAGCCCAGUUUUGACAUUGUGGCCGUCAUGGACCCGCUGAGUCCCCAGGCACAGAAGUGGAGUCACAUCUUGAUGGUCCUGACGCAGGUCAUCAAUGUCAAGGUCAAGGUCUUCAUGAACCCUAAGGAUAUGCUCUCUGAGAUGCCACUCAAGAGAUUUUAUCGCUAUGUUCUUCAGCCGGAGUUGUCAUUCAGGGUGGACAGUAGUUUAACAGCGGGACCGUUUGCCAAGUUCACCGACAUGCCCCCAGACACCCUCUUGACCCUUAACCUAUUGACCCCUGAGAGCUGGUUGGUAGAGUCUGUUAAGACGGCUCAUGACCUGGACAACAUCAAACUCAGUGAGACGGAGACCGGUAUCCAUGGUGAUUACGAGUUGGAGUACAUCCUGGUGGAAGGACAUUGUUUUGAUCAACUCAGCGGCCAACCACCGAGGGGACUUCAGUUUACUCUCGGCAACAAGCAACGGCCAGUCACGCAAGAUACUAUCGUCAUGGCGAACUUGGGUUAUUUCCAGUUGAAGGCCAACCCUGGAGCCUGGAUGCUCAGACUGAGACAGGGAAGAUCAGCUGACAUCUUCCAGGUCACAGGUCAUGAGGGACUGGAUUCACAACCUGGUGACGAUAACGCUAUUGUCAUUAUGGACAGCUUCAAGAGUAAAAUCAUUAAAAUUAAGGUGAGCAAGCAACCAGGUAAAGAGUCCGAGACUCUCUUAUCGGACUCAGGAACUGAGAGAGUAGCUGGAGGGAUAUGGGACUCAUUGUCAAGUUUCUUUUCUAGUUUUACUGGUUCCGGCAGUAAGGACACUGAGACCGAACAAGACAAGACGUUGAACAUCUUCUCCAUUGCAUCAGGACAUCUUUACGAGCGCUUCCUAAGGAUCAUGAUGAUGAGUGUUCUCAAACACACCAAGUCACCAGUCAAGUUCUGGUUCCUCAAAAACUAUCUUUCUCCAACAUUCAAGGAGUUCAUCCCAAGCAUGGCAGCAGAGUACGGGUUUGAGUAUGAACUGGUUCAGUACAAAUGGCCUCGUUGGCUUCACCAGCAGACUGAGAAACAGCGUCUUAUAUGGGGGUACAAAAUUUUGUUUCUAGACGUACUCUUCCCUCUCAACAUCAAGAAGAUCAUAUUUGUCGAUGCCGAUCAGAUCGUACGGGCCGACCUUCAGGAGCUGGCUAACCUUAACCUCCAGGGGGCGCCCUACGGAUACACGCCAUUCUGCUCAAGCCGUAAGGAGAUGGACGGGUUCAGGUUCUGGAAGUCGGGCUACUGGGCGAGCCAUCUGGCUGGACGCAAAUAUCACAUCAGUGCGUUGUACGUUGUUGACUUAGUGAAGUUCCGUAAGAUCGCUGCUGGAGAUCGAUUGCGUGGACAAUACCAAGCCCUGAGCCAAGAUCCCAACAGUCUCUCCAAUUUAGAUCAGGAUUUGCCGAACAACAUGAUCCAUCAAGUGGCAAUCCAUUCCUUGCCUCAGGAAUGGUUAUGGUGUGAGACAUGGUGCAGCGACUCUGAAAAAACAACCGCUAAGACUAUCGAUUUGUGCAACAAUCCUCUAACCAAGGAACCCAAACUUCAUAGUGCCGUACGAAUCGUUCCUGAGUGGACCGAUUAUGAUAAUGAGAUCAAAGCUCUACAAGAAAGGGUUGCUCAGAAUUCAUCAAACAAAAGCAAACAAAGUGAUAUUAAAACAGACGAGCAUAGCGAGUUAUGAUGAUGGCUUCAGAUUAGAUGUACUAUAAUGAUUGUUAUCCGCUCCGUACGCAGCCAGCAGAGGGCGCUCUUGCAAGAAGACAGCAACUAUCGUUUUAAACGCCAACUGCCAAACAACUGAUACUAAGUCUCAUUUUAGGUCGACACACACAAUGAGCUGUUUCACACCUGUCCCUCGUCGGCCAUCCCGGAUACUGAGCUUUGACACACCCAAGGUCAAAGGUGAGGAAGAAAAAGCCUGACCUCUGAGGUUUUGUUUGAACAUUUUUUUUUUCUGAUAUGUUAAAUCAUGUGUGAGUAUUCCAAGUGUUGCAUUUUUAAAGGUACUUUGUAGAAACGGGGAAAUGUAGAACAAAAGUUAGAGGUUAGGAACAACAGUCCUUUAUCAUGCUGUCACCAUCUUGGUCAUGUUCCCUGUUUCCAAUAACAGUAAUGAAUGGCAAUAUUCAUUGCACAAACAUGGCACCAGACUGUUUUUUCGUCCAGUCUCACUUUGGUUACAAUGAGUAAGAAGGGAGUAAAGUCAAGAUGGCCACAUCGUGAUAAAGAUCUAUUGGUUCCUGAUCUGUGUAUGUGGUUUACAAGACAAAAUAUAUUAUAUAAAUACUCAGGCAGUUUUGUAAACUUGGGUGUGGUCCAUUGGUCUUACCCAUCAGGCUACACAUCAGUUAACCCUUUGGUGCACAAGGCGGUCGCUAGCUAGCGACCGCCGAAAA